AGGGGGAACCAACUCCAUAUUAAUUUUGGAAUGAGAUGUUCGACAAGCAGGUGUCCACGUACUUUUGGUCAUGUGUAUUGCAUCUGUUUUCAAUGACCAAAUUGGAAACGUUUUGGACUGACUCAUUCUGAAGUGUUCAACUGACAAAUCAAAGGAACUCUUUUCAAUUAAAAACUGGAAAGAAAUAUUAACUGGAAAGAAAUAUAAUAUAAGAUAUUAAACCUAGGUUAGUUCAAUUAUGUUGGUGUCAUACAAUAUAUUAAGAACCACUUGACACGCCUACAGUACAAAUAUCAGAAUUGUACGGAUUAGUUCGCCACUCCCCCCUUUUCAUGCUGAAUGGAACAUCCUGAAGUGGGCCAGUCUCCCGCUAGUCUAGGGUAGGCGUUUCGUGCAACUGAACUGACAACAGUACAAGGUUUACGGGUACACUCACUGUCGUUUCAAGUUGUAAAGUACAGUAAUAAUACACGCCAGUGACAUAAAUGAAGUACCAGUGUUUUUACCUAUUAUUGCAGGGAUCACUUAAAGUUUGUUUAAUUCACUUUUCUCCAACUUAUCUUGAGGAAAGACAAACGUGGCUUGGAAUAUAGCAGGACUCCAUCUUUUGGGAAUGCUUCCUCGUUUCUGUAAAGACAGGAGAGCAGAGUGAAAAGAUUCAUUCCCCACAAAAGUCAUGUUGUACUGGACUGUACUGCCUGAUUGGAAAGUAUUGUUGUUGGUGACUCUUCUAUGGGACUGCUGCUUCUGUGCUGAGGAACUGAAGCCCACAAGAUGGCCACUGUAUCCCCAAAAGCCUCUGGUCCUGGCCUGGAAUGCCCCGACGGAGGACUGCGGCCCGCGGCACGGUAUCCAUUUUCAGCUGGAGCAGUUCCAGAUUGUGGCGUCGCCCAAUGAGGGCUUUGUCCGCCAGAACCUCACCAUAUUUUACAAGGACCGCUUAGGGUUGUACCCCUACUAUGAUGAGCCUGAUGGUACAGCCAUGAACGGUGGGCUCCCGCAGGUUGCCAGUCUCACUCAGCAUCUGGAGAAGAUGCCGGAGGGCAUUCAGUAUUACAUACGUGAACCAGGGGCCAAGGGACUGGCAGUUAUUGACUGGGAGGAAUGGAGACCACUGUGGAUCCGCAACUGGGACUUCAAGGAUGUGUACCGCAGACAGUCACGCCAGCUGGUGGCUGAGAAGAACCUAGCUUGGCCCGCAGAGCGUGUGGCUAAGGUGGCCCAGCAGGAGUUUGAGAUGUCGGCCCGGAAGUUCAUGCUGGAGACCCUGAGGCUGGCCAAGAGCCUGCGGCCCAACCAGCUGUGGGGGUUCUACCUGUUCCCAGACUGCUAUAACCACGACUACAGGAUCACUCUGGAGAACUACACAGGCCGCUGCCCUGACGUGGAGGUGGCCCGGAAUGAAAUGCUCAAAUGGCUGUGGACUGAGAGUACAGCCCUCUUCCCUUCCGUAUACAUGAGCACAGUGCUACGCUCUUCGCCCUCUGGGCGCCAGUUUGUCCGGAACCGGGUGAAGGAGGGGAUGCGUCUGGCAUCAGGGGGAGACGGGCUGGCACGUCCCGUCUUUGUGUAUGCCCGGCCCACCUACGCCAACGUAUUGGACCUGCUGACAGAGACGGACCUGGUCUCCACCAUCGGGGAGAGUGUGGCUCUUGGGGCUGCAGGCAUCAUCCUCUGGGGAGACCAUGCUUAUGCAGGCAGCAAGACCAGUUGCUUCAGUCUGAAUGAGUACCUACAGGGUCCGCUGGGCCGGUACCUGCUCAAUGUCUCCACGGCAGCAGAGCUGUGCAGCCAGAGGCUGUGCGGUUCCCAAGGACGCUGCCUGCGCAGACACCCUGACACUGACGCCUACCUGCACCUCAGCCCCCUCACCCACAACAUAGUCAGCCUGGAAAAUGGCAAAUUCAAGGUUCAAACUCUAGGUCAGCUUGGGGAAGAGGAGAUAAUGGGCUUUCAGAGAGAGUUUCAGUGCCAGUGCUAUAGUGGCUACCAGGGAGAGGGUUGUGGCCAGAGAGACCCCCUACAACAGAGAGGUAUCGCACCUUCAGUCAUGGGGACAUGGGUUCACUGUCUGCUCCUGCUACUCCUCACACUCCUGCUCUGACUGAUUGCAUACAUACAUAGUUCAUACAGCUACAUUUAAAAUGAUUUAAUGUGUAUUGGUAUACACAUGACAUUAUCUACACACUUCCACAAAAUGCACAAACAUUAUAUACAUGCACUGGGACAAAUGCAAAUGUAUUCACUGGGGCCCAGGAUGCUGUAAGGUUGGUGAAUCUAUGAUUAGAUGGUGGAACACUGUGGAACACGUACGUAGAAUUAUGGUUGUUUGUGUGUUUUGAUUUUCUUGAUACAUUGGAGGGCUCGCUGGAAAUAACUUUGUUUACAUUGCUCUCUCGCUCUUUCUCAGUCCCAACAAUAUAUAUCUCUCUCAUGCCUGUCUCUUCUUCCCACCCCCCUCCCCUUUCCUUUCUACAAACCCUCCCCUUUUAAGUUGUAAUUUUCUCAUGAUCCCAGUUUGUUUUUGUGUGGUAGUUUUCAGCUUAUGAUAUAUGUACAGGUUUGUGUUAUGUGUGUGUGUCAAAAUGGGACCGAUGCACUUGAUUUUUUUAAUAGCACAAAAUAGUACUUAGUGCCUGACCUUUGACAUUUUUAUCUUUAGGUAAAAGUUCAUAUUUAUAUGAAUGUAUUUUCACACAAGAAAAAAGCUUUUGUUAUUUUAUGACAAAUGUUAUGACAAAAACAAGACUACUAUUUUCUCUCCAGAAUUGUGCAUCUAUUUUACUGUGUACUGUGUUUCAAUUUUUCAAAAUAAAUCAAAGCCUUAACAACAUCCAA